AUGAAGGAUCUGGAUCCAUUACAGUAUUUUCUUGGUAUUGAAGUUGCUUCUUCUCCAAAGGGCUAUUUUCUGUCUCAGGCUAAGUAUGCUAAUGAAGUCAUUCACCGUGCUAGUCUUACUGAUACUGAGGUUUCUGAUACACCUAUUGAGCUUAAUCUCAACUCUACUGAUGGUGUCCUUCUGGAUGAUCUCACUUUAUAUCGCAAUCUUGUGGGUUGUUUAGUUUAUCUGACUGUCACUUGCCCUGAUCUUGCUUAUGUUGUUCAUGUGGGCUUACUGUUGUCCUUUACUUCCUCUUUAGACUUGGUGGCCUAUGCUGAUUUUGAUUGGGCUGGUGAUGUUAUUGAUCGCAAGUCUACGUCUGGUUUUCUGUAUGUUUCUUAG